UCCUGUCUCCAGAUUGAUUCCAACGAAGCGGCUGAAAGUGGAGCUGCUGGGAAAUGCCUGAGGUGGGGCGCGUCAGCAUUCUCCACUUCCCGCCAAGUGUGUUUAUAAACCAGACGGUGAAAAGUUCUCCCAGCUGAUCAGAGCUUGGUUUAUCCAGGUAUGUUUUGGAUUUGGAAAUCUCAGACUUCAGAGGGUUAAAAGUGCCGCCUCCUCACACUCCGACUGGUUCAGCUCUCCAGGUUCUCAUUCUGCCGUAUAACCACAGCUUCCAGCAGAUGUUAGUAAUGAACUGAUCACUGCUGGAUUCUCCAGCUGGGGUUCCUGGAGAGGGAUUUUCCCAGAGAUCUCGGUCAUCCAUGUUUUUCUGGGCAGAAUGCUGACGGCACGGUGGAUCAGUGUUUUUCUUUCCACAGUGUGUGAAGUGUGUUUUUCUUCUGGAAGGCCAUCUGAAACUUGUGAGAGUUAAACAGGUCUGAUCUGGCUGAUCUGACUCACAGUUACGAGAAUGCAGCGGCUCCAUUUCCGGCUCCUCUGUGCACAUGGAUUUCACAACGCCGUCAACAAAUGGACCUGUGGAGAUGGAAACCACAGGCUGCUCUGGAGGGGAGUGACCGGGGCAGGGAGUGACUGAACACUCCUCCUCUCAGAGUGAGAAUCCUUCCUUUAAGACAAAGUUUUAAGGAAUCCGCUGCAGAACGACUGAGUUCAUCUCCUCGGCAUGGAUCCAGUGAGAGUCAGGAUCAGGAGGACGAUCACCAUCACACAGCUGGCUCUGACCACGCUGAUCUGUGGGAGCUUCCAGGAUGGACAUGAGCAGACACAGGGGGUUUUGCAGUGUGGACCUGAAAAUGUGAGUCUUUCCACUUCUGGUGAGACGCUCCUGCUGACGUGGAACGAUGGAGCUUCAUGUUCCUCCUUAGGAGAUGCGUUCAUCUACGAGCUGGAGGUCCUCAUCGCAGACAGGACAGUGCAUCAUGACCAGGUCUCAGUGGCGGCCGACAGAGCGGAACGGCCUUGCUCCUGGAACUGGACGUCUCAUCUGUCUUUAGACUGCGCUCCUCAUUCAGUGAGGCUUCGCUCCCGCUACGACAACCAGACCAGCCCGUGGAAACAAGAGCAGAAGGUUCCAGGAACUCGAGCCCUGAAGAAGCGCGUCUUCCCUCGGGACCGAGUGUUUCAGGCGGGAAGCAAGGCCACAUUUUGCUGCGUGGUGCCGGCGGGUCAGAGUUUUGACCACAUGUAUCUGAGCGGCUACGAAGGAGCUGAGAUGAACACCUCUGAGAUCAGCGAUCAGACGUACGGCCUGACUCUGCUGCUGGAGCAGCCGUCAGAGCUCUGCGUCGACGUCAAGUGCCAAACAAACACCACUUCCUACGGAGCUUGUACUUAUAUCGGCUACCCGCCUGACGAUCGGGAUCUUCAGUGUGAAACACGAGAUCUGGAGUCAGUGGACUGCAGCUGGACAGUAGGAAGACACACACACCUUUCUCUCAAGAGUCCAACACGCUAUCAGCUGCUCGGGAGGCUUUGUGAAUCUGCAUCAAAGGGCAGAUGCUCACAAAUGAUGCAAAUUGGAGCUGAAGAAAGAAACUGGACCCUGAAAGCAGAGAAUAAGCUUGGAACGGUGGAGCUGCACGACAGGGCCGACCUGACGAAGAGAGUCCACAUGUUCGCUCCAGACGCUCUGACAGCUUCAGCUGUGAACUCCAGGAACGCCAGCUUGACAUGGACCUGGACUGUGGAGCAGUACAAAGACCUCAAUAUAACAUGCCAAACACUCAUCAAUCACGCUGAAACAGUUGAAAGUGUUGGAAUGGGCCUUAAGGUUGUGGUUUUAAAGGAGCUGAUCCCUCACUGGAGGUACAGUGUGAGGGUACGAUGUGGAACAGCUCAGCACUUCUGGAGGUGGGGGGACUGGAGCAGAGACUUGGUCUUUCACACCAGAGGUGAUGUUCCAGAGGCUCUGAAUGUGUGGAUGCAGAUGAAGGAAAACCACACACUGGUUAUGUGGAAAAAGCUGCUGGCCAAUCAGAGCCACGGAGAGAUCCUGGACUACGAAGUGACCUGGACUAAAAGCAGAGAGGAAGAGUGGCAGAUCAGGAGCAAAGUGGCAAACAGCAAUGAGAGUGUGACUCUGAGCCUGAACCCCGGGGAGGAGCACAUGGUGACGGUCAGAGCCAGAAACACACAUGGAAGCUCUUCUCCAUCAACCAUCAUCAUCCCCAGCAGGGGUCCAGGCAGACCUGCAGUGAGCACCUCCCGGAUCUCUGGCGCCGGCGGGGGCUUCAGCCUGUCCUGGCCUACUGAGCCUGCAGCCAGCUGUGGCUACACGGUGGACUGGUGUCCUGCCUCUGGCGCUGGCUCUGUAGACUGGCUCACACUUCCUCCCAGUGAGACCAGCGUCUCUGUCGUCUCAGAGAACCUGAGAGACGGAGUGAGGUACUUCCUGUCUGUGUACGCCUGCACUGACGGAGCUCCGGUGCUGCUGCAGAGGCAUGAGGGUUAUGUCAGAGAGACAAGAAUAAAAGAUAAUCUGUUCAGGUCGCUGAAACUGAGAGAGCAGGGCUCAGAUGUGGAGGUUUCCUGGGAGCCCAUAGCUCUGGGGGAGCAAACCGCCUUCAUCCAUGGCUACGCUCUGCACUGCCAGGACCACAGCAGCUCUCCUCUCACUGUGAGCACAAGUGAUCCUCACGCCACCAGUCUGACGGUCAGAAACCUGAGAAAAUCCUGGUACACCUUCACCGUGACCGCUGUGACCGCCGUGGGAGAGUGUGGAAAUACAUCUAUCACAGCCACAUUAAGCUCCCAGACGGAUAACCUGAUCUGGCUGGUCUUCAUGACCCUCGGGAUCGUGUUUGCUCUCCUGUCCUUCACCACCGUCAUCUGCUACAGACAGUGGGCAUGUAUCAAAGAGAAGGUGUACCCUCCCAUCCCAAAGCCGGUGUUAACGGAGACGUUCCUGUCACCCACGGAGUAUUUAGUGGCGGAUCAGCGUCUCCACACUGAGGCAGAUAUCCUGGAUAUCCUGGAUGUUCCCGAGCUGCUUUAUAAUCCUGGAGAGUUACUGAACGGCUAUCUGAGCCAGGAGGACGAGCAAACUCUCAACGGCUUCAACAACAGCAGCGAGCUCCAGGACACAGCAGAGCCACCCGCUGGACCCUCCACUGUCCCCCCGAGGGACUUUUUCAACCCCACCUACAACGUGGCGCCGGAGACGGAAGCCGAGUCCGGCUCCAGUCCGGAGGUCCAGGCAGAGACAGGAAGUCCUGAUGGAUACAAGCCGCAGAGUCUGGCUGAAAAGGCCUGGUCAGCUCAGAGCGAGCAGCUUCCAGACAGCCGCAUGUCCCUCGUCUCAGCCUACAUCUCACUGCCGUCCUCCCAGUGGAUCCACACGCACACGUAGCAGCCUGACACUGGAGGAUGGAGGGUCUGUGUCCUCAGAGAUCCCAAUGAAAGAAGAAACCAGUCUUAGUUUUAGUCAGGCAGAUUUAAUGUUCACCUCAGCUUCACCUCUCAAUUCCUCAUUUCAUCCUCAUGUCUCGUUCCAAACUUGUAAAUAAAAUCAUCUA